GUUUGUACCCUUGCGCACACGGUAGGGGCUGUUGAUUCCGACGGGGACGCGUACUUAUAUAUAUAUAUAUAUAUAUAUAGACAUUUUCAUUUUAUUUUCGAGUUAUUAUUCGUGUUUAUCUGCGCCGCAACAAGUUCGUGUCUUCGCCGUCUUCGGGGCGCAGCAACAAGUCCUCAGAUCGCACAAGUCAUCGCCACCGCCAUCACCUCCGUUGACACCGUCACGCCGCCGUCUUCUUCCUGUAUCGUGUUUGUAAUUUAUCAUAGAAACUAUCGUCAGCGCUACAGCCGAAAUUCGUAAUCACAAAAUGAGGAUUUUGACGAUCGCCUGGAUUUUGGUCGCGGUCACGUGGUGCUGCGACAGCGCCGUUAUCUACGAACCGCUGGUUCAAAACACCCGUUACUAUGAGCCCAGAAUUCAGGACUUGGAGCUUCUCGACAAAAACUUUUUUGACAUGGCUUCGAUCGAAAAGAGGAACGGCGCAAUGCAAGGUGAGUCACCGAGAAGUCGUCCUAGUUUGUCCAUCGUCAACUCGCUAGACGUGCUCAGACAAAAAUUAAUGUAUGAGGUGGCGCGGUGACACGUAGAUGAGAACCAGAAAGUGCUGUCGCAAAACCACCAGAUACUGAAGAAUCUAGGAAAGCGGUCACUGUUUCCUUUUAUUGAAGUACCACGGAGGUACAAUGUAUUUCGUAUAUAAUGAUACAUUGAUAUAUCGAGUUAUGAUUUAACAUUUUUUUGAAACAAACUUAUUGAAGUAUGCUACUAAGUUUUUCUUUGUAUUAUUUAACUCAUUUAAAUCAAUUUUCAAAUAUGACUGUGGCUAAUAGAAUUUAAAAAAUAUCUGUAUGAACGUGAAUUUCUAAAUUCAAGAGUCUAAAUAUGGGAUAACCUUAUUAAUUUUCUCUGCCCUUUUUGGUUUUAUUUAUAAACAAAAACAAUGUGCAAUUUAUUUCAUAUGGAUUUAGGAAUUCUCGUGCUUAAUAAUUACAUUUUUUUUACAGGUUUUAAAUGGAAACCAUUUGGAUUUCGACGGUUUAACAGCGUUAUUAUUUAUGGAUAUUUUAUUUAAAAUGCAAUAUAUAAUUAAUUUUAUUUGUUGACUUUACCUAAUAUUGUAGACAGCCAAAUCAUUGUUAUUUUGUUUUCAAUUUAUAUAUUAUAUGUAUUUCCAGUAUAUAAAAAAAAUAUAACCUAGUAUAAAUAUAUUAUGUCGUAUAUUAUAUUAGACAUUAAAAAACUCAAUCCACAGACAUUAUUCACCAUAAUAUUAUUAUACAACAUACUUGUUCCCAAAAAAACAACUUUCAGUAUUCUAUAUUUAAUUUAGUUUCUUUGUAUUUUUUUUUUUUUUUUGAUUAUUUACCAAAUUAAU